UGUCCCACUCCUGGGCUCCUGCGGCGGCCUCUCCUGCGAUCGAGGGCAAGCAGGGCUGGAAGAGCAAUCUUGGGCGGCGGCUCCCCGGGCCGGAGGUGGGAAGAACGUGGGUCGCCGACGCCCGAGGGCGACGGCGCGAGGGGAGCGGGAGGAAGGAGCGCUCGUCCGCCGCCUCGCUGCCUCGCGGCACUCGCUCUCCGGACUCCUAGGUUUGCUGGGUGCUCCUCCCACCCGCGCCCGCCUCCUCGCUUGUUCUCUCGAGCUGCUCUCCAAGCCCUGUGGUGCGUCUGGGCGAGUGCGGGGCGAGGGCCCCCGGGCCAGCGCCGAGCAGAGGGCGGGGGUCCGGGCAGCGCGCAGCCGGCCGGGGAGUGGCCAUGUCUGGCGCGGGCGCAGCGGGGCCAGUCUGCAGCAAGUGACCGAGCGGCGUGGACUGCCGCCUGCCCCCCUCUGCCACCUGGGGCGGCGCGGGCCCGGGUGCCGAGAGCCCGGGACGCGGGUAGAGCCGGCGCGAUGCACGUGCGCUCGCUGCGCGCCGCAGCGCCGCACAGCUUCGUAGCGCUCUGGGCGCCUCUGUUCCUGCUGCGCUCCGCCCUAGGCGACUUCAGCCUGGACAACGAGGUGCACUCGAGUUUCAUCCACCGGCGCCUCCGCAGCCAAGAGCGGCGGGAGAUGCAGCGUGAGAUCCUCUCCAUCUUGGGCUUGCCCCACCGCCCGCGUCCCCACCUCCAGGGCAAACACAACUCUGCGCCCAUGUUCAUGCUGGACCUGUACAAUGCCAUGGCGGUGGAGGAGGGCGGCGGGCCCGACGGCCAGGGCUUCUCCUACCCCUACAAGGCCGUCUUCAGCACCCAGGGCCCCCCACUGGCCAGCCUUCAAGACAGCCACUUCCUCACCGACGCUGACAUGGUCAUGAGCUUCGUCAACCUCGUGGAACAUGACAAAGAGUUCUUCCACCCACGCUACCACCAUCGGGAGUUCCGGUUCGAUUUAUCCAAGAUCCCAGAAGGAGAAGCUGUGACUGCAGCUGAAUUCCGGAUCUAUAAGGACUACAUCCGGGAACGCUUUGAUAAUGAGACCUUCCGGAUCAGCGUCUACCAGGUGCUUCAGGAGCACUUGGGCAGGGAGUCGGACCUCUUCCUGCUCGACAGCCGCACGCUUUGGGCCUCCGAGGAGGGCUGGCUGGUAUUCGACAUCACGGCCACAAGCAACCACUGGGUGGUCAAUCCUCGGCACAACCUGGGCCUGCAGCUCUCAGUGGAGACCCUGGAUGGGCAGAGUGUCAACCCCAAGCUGGCGGGCCUGAUUGGGCGGCACGGGCCCCAGAACAAGCAGCCCUUCAUGGUGGCGUUCUUCAAGGCCACAGAGGUGCACUUCCGCAGCGUCCGCUCCACGGGGGGCAAGCAGCGCAGCCAGAACCGCUCCAAGACGCCCAAGAACCAGGAGGCGCUGAGGAUGGCCAACGUGGCAGAAAACAGCAGCAGCGACCAGCGGCAGGCCUGCAAGAAGCACGAGCUGUAUGUCAGCUUCCGCGACCUGGGCUGGCAGGACUGGAUCAUCGCGCCUGAAGGCUACGCCGCCUACUACUGCGAAGGGGAGUGUGCCUUCCCGCUGAACUCCUACAUGAACGCCACCAACCACGCCAUCGUACAGACGCUGGUCCACUUCAUCAAUCCGGACACUGUGCCCAAGCCCUGCUGCGCCCCUACCCAGCUCAAUGCCAUCUCUGUCCUCUACUUCGACGACAGCUCCAAUGUCAUCCUGAAGAAAUACAGAAACAUGGUGGUCCGGGCCUGCGGCUGCCACUAGCCCCUUGUGGAAGUCCCACCCUCGGGGUCUCAUUCACUCAGCUCCACAGUUGGCACUGCCCGGUGUCUUCAUCGCCCACCUUGGCGAGGAACCAGUGGCCGAUCUCCUUUUAUGAGCCCCCCCUAAUUUUACAGGAGCAUUAGGAAUGUGAGCACCAAGCAGCUUUAGAUCAAUUUUUUUCAUCGGUGGAUUCUAAGGACAAGGAGCUAGGACAGGCAAAACCUAGCAGGAAAAAGUUCUGUGAGGGAAGAGCACCCAGCCAUGGUCAUUGGCUGCGCUGUCCCCGCUACACUCUGACCUGGUCUGGAGGUGAUCAGGGCACGCUUCGGCCAGCAGCCAGCCACCAGCUGCAGGAGGGGAUGUGGCCAGGGUGGGAGCCUGUGUUUGUGACGAAACUGACGCAGAAUUUCUUGUAAUAAAUGUCACAAUAAAACCAAUGAAUGAAAAUGGUUAGGAUGUUACAGGUAUAUUUUCCUAAACAGUUUAUCCCUGUUUCUGGGUUUAUUCUGACUUUAUAAACAGAAGCUGUAGCCAGCAGAGCCGAGGAGGCCCCCUCCAUUGCAUUCUGGUUUCAGUGUGGGGCUGUGUGUUUACCCAGAUCCACACAAAUCCAAGACACAGGAGGGUGGGAGGGAUGACUGUACCCGGAGGAGGGAGGUUCUGUCAGCCUGCAGCCAGAUGUGUGUUGGCAGAAGAGCGACCUGGGCAGACAGUCUUGGGGCUGCGGGCCCCCCACGGUAAGAGCAAAGUAGAGCAGAGUGGUCAAGGACACAGUAGGGUGUCGCUUGCAACGUGAGCUUGGUGUUAAAACUGACAGACACAGAAGAGAUGCAGUUGUCACAGCAUAGGGGAAGCGGCAGCUGUCCUUCUCCAGGCAGGGUGCUUGGUGACUCCUCGGUGAUGUGCAGGGCUGAGUUCACAGUGGCAUUGCAGGUGACUGUUCACUUGUCUGCCCCUAGGAGAGCUCUGCAGAUUUGCUGCUUGAACUAAGAGCCAGGGCAGCAGGAAGGCUGGUGGGUGCAGGGUGAGCUGGAUUCAGGUGGCAAAUGGGAAGAUCUGGUACAGCAGUGGCAAGCCUUUCAGAAACCCAGUGGCCAGACUGCACCCCUUACGGAUCUCAGAGUGCCAGCACCGCCGUUCAGCCUGAAUACUGAGGUUUAGGUUGGAAAAAGGACUCAUACACUCGGUUCCACGCAGACAGGAAGGGCUGUGCGUGCUCGCUGCAGCGUGUGCCCCUAGGUUCGCCACCACUGACCUAGAGAGUGAUGUGCCAACUGAGUGGCCUUCUUGGAGCUGGUGUCCCUGCUGUGGCCCUGGGUGCCAGUCCUUGUGGCCUCUGCUCUCACCUAGUUAAGGGUGUGCGGCAGCUCGGGGCUGUAAGCACAAGGUGCAGGAGGGCUGGGCUUCAUGAGAGGAUUUCUCACAUGGUACUCAAAGAACACAGUCUACCAGGCAGGAUGGGCAGAAAGACUGGGGUCCACGGCAGCUGCUCUCGCCAUGCCUGGAGCCACUGGGGCUCUGCUUUUAUUCUUUUUCUUUUUUCUUCUUCAGUAGCUUGGGCUACAGCUCUCACUGCCUGGCUGUUGGGAGAUGACAAUUUUUUGUUAGGAUUUGUUCUGUUGUUGGCAGGCCUGAGACCUUUUGUGUAACUCUGUUUGGUGUGAGUUUUUCCACUACUUGAGGGCCCCAGCCAGCUGCUGCUGAGCAUCGUUUGUACAUUAAAACGUGUAAAUAGUCGUGAUGAGACAAAAUUAUUUAUUUCCAUCUGCAGCUCUUUUGCAAACGCUCCUUUCAUCCCUUGUUCAGAAUGAGCUUGCUUUCCUCCAACCUGUUUGUUUUCUUAUUUAAGAUUAUUUAUUGAUGAUUGGAUCGAUGUACCCACGGCUGUCACAUCGAGCAGCCUUUCUUAGUGAAAACUGUAUAAAUAGA